GAAUUCAGUUAGCGGAUAAAGUAGGUUUAAGAUAUUUUUUUAAAAGACGGGUACUAGUAUUAACACCACUUUUAGCGGCAUGCAUGUCAUAUGGCAUAGGUUUAUUGUUAAGAAGGAAAAAAUAAAAAGAAUUCUUCUUAUUCAGCUAUAAAAGAAUGGAAGAAAUUAAUAACAAUCAUAAAGUUACUCUCUUAAGAGAUAAGCCUAAGAAAAAUAAACAUAAAUCAGUCAAGCUAAAUGAAAAUAUAAAUUAUUAUAACCAAGCUGUUUCAAGUGCUUAUCGUCUGCUAGACAAAAAUCCAGACAUGACGGGCUCCUCAUCGGAUUCACUAGUAUUUGAAUAUUCUGUUAUUCAAAAGCUUAUGCCUCCGGGAAUUUACGUUAUCCCGUGCUUGGGACCAUUAGACCUAAAAGUUUGGCAGGGUUUAAUGUUCAUUAGACAAGGAUGGUACAGGGGAAGUAUAUUCGAAUUCGAAAUGAAGUUUUCUGAAAAUUACCCUUCAGAACCACCUGAAGUCAAAUUUAACGUCCCUUACCCUGUUCAUCCUCGUGUCUGUAGCAAAACUGGAGUUGUCAAUCUCUUGGAUAUGUCCAAAUCGUGGUCUCCGACAUCGUUUUGUUCAUUACACAUUUUUGCGUACUUGAAGUGUUUAUUCUAUGAAAAAGAAAAUUUUAUUAGUCAUGACGUGGAAGGAAAUUUAGCUUUCCAAAAAAUACUAAGCGAUACAGAUAACUCUUUCUGGAAAGAUUUGAAGCAAGGAACGAUUAAAUCCAUUCGGUCAAUAGGCACUAAGGCUGAGAAUGGUACCCUAAUUCAUAUUAAAAACUCCCCUAUUCAGCUUGAUCAAAACUUUUCGAAGGGUCAUCAAACAUCCUCGGCUAUUCUAGAAGCUAUCCAUAAGUGUUCAAGUAACAAAGUUAUUGUGGAUGCAGCGGAUGAAUUUAUAGAUUGGUACGAGUUUCGCACAACCUAUCCUAUUCAAUAGUGUAGGCUUUAAUAUUAGUGAUGACUAAAGCAAGUUUCACGCAUUCACUUUUGCGCACUCCAUAACUAUAACCUUUUUUUAUUUCUCUGAAAGUUUUUUUAUGAUUUUGAAUAACCUGAAUAUUUUUUUUUCAUUUCAAAAAAUUAAAAUCGUAAGAAUCAAACAUAGUUUUUAAAAUUUUAGUUUAGUAUUUUUUCUUUAAAAAAAUUCGCAUUUUUUUUAUAACGUCAAGUCUGACAGUCUUUGAUUCUUUCUAUAAAUAGAAACAUUACACUAGUUCUAAACAAGUAUAAAAAGUUUUAAAGUUCCACUCAGAAAAGACCAAGUUGUUUCUCUUUAUGAUUUUGAACAAACAAUAAAAGUUUUCUUGCUAAGACAUACUAUUCUAUCAAUUCAUUUGUUUAAACGCAUUAGAGUAUAGAAAAGAAUGUAUCUUAAACAUUUUAGACAAAUGACUUGUUUUCUACAAAAAUAAAAAUAACACUCUUUUUUUUGUAUUACUCUGAUAGUUAGAAAAAUUAGUUUUUAAAAUACUAGAGAACGUAGGAAAAAACAUUCAAUAAGAAAAAACCAGUUGGUGUUAGCAAUUAAUUUUUGAUGGUUCCAUAUAUGAGCACUGGCUUGACGCUCAGCAUGUUUUUUCUCUUCUCUGAAAUAGUGUUAUUAGGGUUUUUUUUGUUCCUGUGUGGACCCUUGGAUACGUGAAAUGGACAAGCUUGUUACCAGGUAUUUAAAAUAUGGGAACCUCUUUUACGAAAAAUUAGUCCUAGUCAACCGUCUGGUACUCGUUUAGAAAUUAACUAAAACCGAAUAUUAGGCGUGAGUUGCUUAUGCGACGACUGAACUCUCCAGUUGCGUGAGUGUUCUAGCAGUAGGUUGUGAAGAUGAGGUAUGAGAUCUGAAAAGAUGUGCUCCAGUGUAACCGUCUUGUUCCUUAAUCCCUUUAGCAAUACAGUGGAAGGAUGAAGAAUGAACUCUGAAAAGAUGUGUAAUAAUGUAAUGGUUUUCUCUUCUAUAGUUGGUAGCACAUCAUGUAUUAUUAACCUAUACAGCAAUACAUUUUUCCAUCAACCUUUUUUUGGCUUAAAAACAAAGACCAGAGCAUUAAUUUAAAACCAAUGUUUACGAUAUUUAAAUCCUACACCAAAACGUUUUAUUCACGAGCUGCUUUUAAUAUUCAAUUAUUUUAGAAUUAUCUAAAAUUGUUUAUGACAAUGAUCAUGUGAUUAUUCAAUUGGAAAAAUCCUUUUUAUUAUUCCAAUUUAUCAUGUGCAAGGUUUUCUGUAUUGUUUAAUGUUAUAGAGUUUUUUCUUGAACACGUAAAAAAACAUUUUCAUUUAAAUUAAAAAAACAAAAAUGGUUAGCAAAAUGUUUUAAUUAGCAUUUGUUUUUUUAUCAAAUGUGAGUCUAUAGAACAAGUCAAGAUCCUUGAAAUGUAGUGAGAAGAUUUUUUUCGCAAAAGUACAUUGAUUUUUUAAAGGAAUGGUGGUCGUCAGGAUACUACUAAGCAAUAGAUGUGUUAUUUAAUACACUUUUGUUUUAUGCCCAAUCAAGAAAAAGUGGUUAAAAACGUCAAAAACUUCGAUUUAAGUAAUAAUUUGUCAAACUCAGCCUGUUUAAGGCAAUAUUUGAAUUGUUCGUUUCUUGAAAACGAUU